UAUGUGCAUAAAAUUUUCAAUGUGCAUAUUUUUUUCAAUAAAAUGUGCAAUUUUUUUUUGAAAAGAUACAUUAAAUCUUCACAAUUUACAAAAGGGACGUCGUUCUCCAAAUCCAACCUCACCUCAGCCGGGAAUCCGGGAUAGUAUAAAAUCGAUUACAAAAAUAAGCUUUCUCGUACAAUAUAUAUAUGAUUCAACCCAAAACCAAAAAGACCAUCUUCCACAUUCCUAUACAACAUUCCAUCGUCCUCGUUCUAAGGUCACGCCUGACUUUCUCCCCAGACCACCAUCAUUAUUUUUUUACUCCUCCUGCCAUUUAAAUAUACACAGUCAUAAACUCAUAAUCAUCAACCUCUUCUUCUUCUAUUUAUAUAAGUACUCGAACUAUACUUUAUAUUAGUCAUACUGUUCUUCUUCAUUCCUGAAUCCUCAUUCUUUCUCGGCAUCCCUUAAAUUUCUCCUUUCUCUCUCCUCUCUCUCAUUUCUUCUGUGUGUUUCAUUUUCCAGCUAAUCCACCUAUAUUACCGUACUAAUUUCAAAUAAAAACAAACUCAACCCAUAAACAAACAAAAACAAAAUCCCCAUUUUUAUUUUUUUCUCUAACUUUCUCUCUCCUCCUAUGAGACUUCCCUUCCGAACAAUACUGUGCAAUCAUUACAAACGCACUUGUUCAUUCCUCUCCCUUUUCAACCCCAUUCUACUCAAACACCACCACCACCAACCACCUUUACCACCACCAACAACACUCCAAAUGAACACCUUCUCCUGCCUUAGACGCCGCCGAGUUAAGGAUAAAGACCAAAAACUCCUCGUCAUAAUGGGUCCCACUGGUUCAGGAAAAUCAGGCCUUUCAAUUAAACUCGGAACUUAUUUUCCUUCCGAAAUCAUCAACUCCGACAAAAUCCAACUUUACAAAGGCCUCGACAUUACUACCAACAAAAUCCCAUUAAUCGACCGACUCAACAUCCCUCAUCAUCUACUCGGUGAAAUCGACCCUAAAUUACAACCAGAGUUAACCCCAUUACAAUAUCGAGCUCGAGCAUCGUCUAUCAUUUCCAGCAUCACCUCUCGCCGAAAACUGCCGUUAUUAGUCGGCGGUUCAAACUCAUUAAUCCACGCUCUUUUAUCCGUAAACCCGGAUUCGGACCCGUUUUCCGGGUCAGACCCAGACCCGGUUAGCUCAGAGUUAAGAUACAAAUGCUGCUUUCUUUGGAUUGAUGUGUCAUUGCCAGUGUUAAACGAGUAUUUGAUAAAACGAGUUGAUGAUAUGCUUGACUCGGGGAUGGUGAACGAGUUAGCCGAUUUUUACGAGUCAGAAGUUGAUGAGUUGGCGCCUAAUAUAGGGCUAACGAAGGCAAUUGGUGUACCAGAAUUUGAACGGUACUUCAAGUGUGAUGAUCAGGUGCGGAGAGGUGUAUACGAUGAAGCAGUGAAGAAUAUCAAGGACAACACGUGUCAGCUUGCCAAAAUACAGAUGGAGAAAAUCCAACGGCUGCGAAAUUCCUGGUGGGGUCUACAUAGAAUCGACGGUACUGAUACGUUUAGAGCGGUUUUGGAUGGGAGUAAGAAUUGGAGUGAUAUAUGGGAGAAACAAGUGGUAUAUCCAAGCAUUAAAAUCGUGAAGAACUUCUUAGAGGAGUGAGUAGGUUUAUAUUUUACAGCUUUUUUUUCCUCUGUUUUUUUUUUUUAUUAUUUUUUUUUUUUUUUGAAGUUAUUUUUUUUCCCUGAAUAUUAACUACUACCAUGUAUAUAUGGUGGGUGAAACGUGAAAGGAUUUUUUUUAGGGAGGCUAGAAUAAUUUCAAAAAAUUUUGACCUUGGUUUUUCAUAAAUUCAAAACACAGGAAAAAAAAGAGAUGAAAUUUUGAAAUGUAUGAUGGUUUCCUUAGUUUCUCUGUAAUGUACUUGGCGCGGAUUGGUUGCGUUAACUGUUGUUAUGGUGGUGUGUCGUGAAUUGAGAUUAAAUCUUGUCUACAUUUGUUUGUGGGUACCUACAAAAAUUAUAAGACAAUCUUUUACUUGGUGGACAUUUUUUGGUUUUUAUUUUUAAACUUUACUGUUUGAUUUGUUAAUAUGCCACCAUGUAAAUGAUGAUCUAAACCUUUGUAUCUUUGCCUUUACCUUCAUUUGAGUUUUGACAGCAAUUUGUACAUUGUGAGACGAUUAACCAACAGUUUUUUUAACAUCUUCUAGUUACAUGA